AACAAUUGAAUAACACUAUAUUAAAAUGACUUAGUCACGUGAAAAGGCGCACUCACGAUGUAUAUAAGGUUUAAUUUGAAAAUCAGAUAUCUCUGAAAGUUACGUGGGGUGUAAACUUGACAAUGAAUCUACAGAUGUAUAUUAUAUUUUCUCUAACAUUUUUCUAUCAUAUUGGAGCUGUCAAAGGAGGUUGCAACCCAGACCAUGAAAACAAUUGCUGUCAAGGAUUUUUCUUUGAGAAAAUUUCAAAUGAAUGCAAAGAAUGUCAUCCGGGGUACAUUGGCGUCAACUGUUCCAUGGCAUGUCGGUAUCCUGGGUAUGGCAAAUAUUGUCAGGAACAAUGUAACUGUUCACAGGAGUUGUGUGACAUAUCAACAGGGUGUCUCGAGGUUUUAUUACAAUUCUUUUAAAACAAAACAUUGUUUACUUACUAAUGGUUUACUUUUCCUUGAUACGCAUGUAGGUCACAAUCUAAAGUCACCAAAAACAGCAAACGAGCUCCAAGAAAAUAAAUCUUCAGAAUCUAGGAAGGGGAACGAAGAUUGGAAAACGGCGUCCCAUGGCCAGUUAACACCAAUUCUCAUCGGUAUUAUAGCUUUCUUGACAUUCCUGCUAUUCGCUAUUGGUGGACGAAUGAUCUGGAAAAAGGUCCAACAGUCCAACCCCAAGAUCGUUCAAAGAACUCUGGAGAUUCAAAGUCUUGACAGAAAAUUGAAUAAAACCAAAGAAAAUGAAGAAGCAAAAGAAAACUUUUACGAGGACAUUGAUGGACUAAAAGCAGGAGAGAGCAGUAAAGACAUUUUGUCUUCUGAAAAUGAUUACAUCGACAAGCUGGAUUUCGUUGAAAAAGAAAAGUCUGACAAUCGAGAAUCGAAUCAUUUUUAUGAUGCUUUGAAAUGACGAAAUGCUAUCCAAAAAUAUUUUCAGGAGCAUAUAUCUUAUCGUAUCGCGUUAUAAAAAAAAUAGUUAUUAUGAACAAAAAGUGAAUAUAGUACAAGAAAAAAUUAAAGUCGUGGUUUUCAUCUAAUUUCCCCUUCAAAUUGAAACAAAAAUAAUAUCAUCUACUUAUACGAAUCCUAAUACUUUAUGCUUAAUGUCCUCCAAAAUCAGGAUGUAAAAGUUAAGAUCAUACUUUUUAAAGAACUUUACGAUAGGAUUGGUGUAAAUGCACUUAGAAAUAAAUAUAGAGUAUGGAGAAAUUUCCCCCCUAAAAUGAAUAAAUAAAAUUUUAAAAUCUUAUCAAUGUGUACAUGUACAGUUUUUCAGACAAAACAAUGUUUUAUGUGUCAUAAAAUUCCUGUUCAUCGAUUACAAUGAUCUCAAAUGCUAAGUAUGCAUAACGAGAGACUUUAAAAUUUUUUGAAAAUUAGAAGAAGUUAUGAAAUAUUCAUUCAUUAUUCUUAAAAGGCAUGAGUUGCCAAAAAAGCAAAUACAGAUACAAUCAUUCAUGACACAUUUUGUUUUCAUUAUUUUUUUUACUUAUAUUACUUGAAAAAGAAUUUCUUAUGUAUCAUUAUAUUAAGAAUAAUAUAUCAUUUUUUUCCGAUUUCAUUUAAGUAAAGUGGCAGGUGAAAGGUACCCAUUGAUAUAUUUUUUUUUGUGUUGCUUAUUAAAAUCGAGAUCAAUAUUGGUUUCAUAAAAUCCUAGAAUAUACACUGUUCUAGGUUCAUGAAUGAUAAAUAGAAAUGAAGGAAUUCAGAAAUAUCUUUAAGGUGUGGUUUUUUUCAUUGGAAAUCGCCUCUCCCAGGAUUUGUUGUCACUGGUUCUCCAGUAUGACAGAUGUUCACGACGAGAAACUUUUGACUUGGCGCAACGUGACCUCUAGCAUCCAUUGUUAAAAUCCUCGCCGCUGAAACAUUAAUAAGUGGAAAUAAGUAAUUUAAUAAAUACGUCAGACUUUGAACAUUACCCAAAUGUCAUAAAAGAAUAAAUUUCAUUUUUUAUUAUUAACCUUACACAUAAAACAAUGUUAAUCUUUCGAGUCAGCAAUAAAUUCAAGAUCAAAGCAGAAGUCAAUUUAAAACAAGUUGUCUGUUUCAAAAUCGGGAAAGGAAUGCAGAUAUUCUGACAAAUGAAACUAUUUUUGCGUUAUGAAAUAAUAGGAAUUUCCGUUUCCUGAAUAGGAAUCCGCAAAAUUAACACGAAGUCUCUUCUGAUUCAAGUUUGUUCAAAUCAACACACCUGACGUUAGAUUGUUGGUAGUGUAAAGAUGGGGCCUUUAUAUAGGAUGUAACUUUUCAAACUCAGAUAACGAACAGAACAACCAUAGUUACUCUGAUCAGCAUUGUGUUUCGUGUAUGGGGUUGUUGUUUUAUUUUACAUUGAUUUGAAUGAAACAUGCAAUAUGGUCCAUUUGAUAAGAUAAUUUAUUUUCAUUUGGGCUUCGUAUUUGAAACCAUGCAGCUAAUUACUCAAAAUAAUCAAGAUAUUACUUUUAAUUUCUACUGAAACUGCAUAUUUCGAUAAAUAAUCUGUAUUUCAUCUUUUCAGAAAAUUCAACUCAUUACAAUGAGGGAAACUUGUCAUCUGGACCUGUUGCUGUUAUCGAACAUUCAAAUAUAAUAACAAUAGUAACU